GCGAGGAAAGGGCAGAGAGUAGACUUGUAAUGUUAGUGGUUACCGCCAUACCCAUCAGCGCUGCCUCACAGGAAUCUGACGAUUCUUGCGGAGACGUAGACGCAUAUGGAUGUUGAUUUCUGGCCCUCAAGAAUCUACGCUAAGCACCUCUCUGCUGUACAAGCUGACAGAUACAACUCUGCAGAUAAUAAUUUGGCAAUGGAUGAUUCGGAUGGAGAUGAGGAUUCAAGAGCGUAUUUUCCAUGCCCCUUCUGCUAUGUAGACAUUGAAGUCCAUGUGCUCUGCAGCCAUCUGCAGGAUGAACACUGCUUUGACUUAAAAAAUGCAGUAUGUCCACUUUGUGCAGCAAAUUUAGGGAAAGAUGUGAUUGGGCAUUUUACAGUAAACCAUGCAAGUUCAUUGACGGUACUUUUCACUUGUUUUAGGUCUUCAGGUCGCAGGAGAAAGUCUUUAAAAUCUGGUCUCUGGACCGGUAGUUCAGCUAUGAUUGGCAAGGAACUUAGCUCAUUUCUUGGAUCUUCAACAAAUGGUAGGGCAAACACAAACGAAUCUGCACCAGAUCCACUUCUAUCACCAUUUCUUGGCAGUGGAUCCCAUUCACACCCUCAAGGAAGCCAAGAAGAUGAAUCUUCCAAUAUAACUGCCCAUUUAAAAAGAUUUGGCAAUGGGAUACCACUAAUUGCAUAUCUUAUGUGCAGCACUGAGACACCUUCACUUGAUGGAGGUGAUGAGGUGGAUUCUGAAGAGAGAAGGCAUAGAGCAGCAUUUGUUCAAGAGUUGAUUUCCUCAACCAUAUUCUAAAGCUUUGUCAGUUUUCUGCGUGAUGCAAACGGUUGCACUACUCAUCGUUCACCACCUAUAAAUGAUGUUGCAUCUACAGACACUGGGGUUUUUAUUACUGGUGCAUGGAUUUAGGAAAGCUAAACAUCGUGGAGUGGAUGGUGAAUGGCUAAGUCGGGAAUCAAAUACAUCUUGUAUUUAAUGUCUCUACAUAUAUGUAGCCUCUUAAAAACUACAUUUAUCUAAUGAAUACUGAGUAGAAAACAAAACUCUUCUAUUCUUAAUGCUAAAGCUAGUCUUCA